UUUUCUUCCAGUGGAUCACCGACUAUCUAAUUUUCUUCAAGCCUCUAUAGUCUGAGUUCGCACUGCUACCCUUCAUGUCAUCGUUCAUUGGAACAAAGGUACAGUCUUUCUCCUGUGCACCCGUAGCACAUCGAGGACCAUGUUCUCAAGGGAAAUUGGAAAGGCAUGCAUCUUUGGGUGAAGGUUAUCAAUGUUUGGGUAGGUAUGCUUCUGAAGCUAAUGGUCUGAGCCAUGCUUCUGCGAAGACAACGACAAUCGAAUACAGACUACCUAGGGUAUUUUAUCAUUCAGUCACAGGCCAGCAUCUUCGAGGGCAAAAUUUCUCAUUACGACCUUAACCCAUCCCUAUGACAUUUGGAUAUUACUCUUAAUAC